AUGAUUCUUUCCCGCUCGCCGUGCGUUUGUUCCUCCUCGACGGGAGGAAAAAAGCCUCAAAAACAACGAAGAGUUCGAAGACAAAGCCAAAGAGACCAGAGAGACCCGGCGGAUUUCAACAACGACUACGACUUGCUCAGAGAACAUUUGCAAAGAGAAAACGGAGGCCCGAUCGCGAAUUUCCUAAACUUCUUGAGCGAAAAUUCGUUCGGAAACGCGUUGAAUAAAAGUGAUAACACGAACCCGUUUGCGUUUUGUUACAGCUGGUUUCUCGCGAAUGUGAUGCCCUUGAAAAGACAGAGACAAGGUUUGGCCGGUGAAGCGGUAUCGAGAGCGACGAUACGGGACGAAGCGGACCGACGACUGGACGAAUUUAUUUUGAGAUUAGAAAGAGACGAAAAGUUGAGAGAGGACGUGAAACGAGUGAAGACGUUUUGGCUGGAAACAGCGACGAAUAGAAGUAGUUCUAGUAGUAGUUCGAGUAGUAGUAGUAGUAGUAGUAGUAACAACAACAUGACGGAGAGAUACGCGGAAAAUCUCGCGUGUCGGACGUUGUCGCUGGCGGAGCGCAUGGUGAGUUCGACGGAACAGAACACGUCUGAAAAUCAAGACGAGGUUGCCGUUCGCAUCAACGAGAUUUCCAAAGCAAUCACGUGUACGCCGAGAGAAGCCGUGGACGCGUGUCACGUGAAUCCAGACGCGUUAUCCACGCCUUCGUCGGCGUUUGUGAGUCGCCUGAGCAAAUUGAAAACCGCCGCGCCUGGAGCCAAUUGCUGCUCGAUGUUCCUCUCGGCUCCGAAAUUGUUCAUGGGCGAUACAGGCGACGAGUGGGUCUCUGUCGUCGGUAGAAACGCAAAACUGCUCAGAGAAAAAUUCCCAAACGUAGACGUCGACGCCGUCGUCGAACACGAUCCAGAGUUGUUGGUGUUAUCCGGUUUAGAGGAAGCGGUGGAGGAGUUGUUGUCCUUGUGGACGGCGGAGGCGUUCGCGCUCUCUGACGUAGAUAACGAUUUCUUCGCGGAAGAGUUGAGCGUCGCUUUGAGAGCGUGCGCGCCAAACGGUGGCGCUUUGCCGGAGAUGUUUUCUUAA